CCCGCUGGGUGGCGCUGCUGCGCUCCGUCAGGUCAGGAGUGGGCAUGUUCAUCCACAUGUGUGUGUGUUUAUGUGUGUGCGACGACGCGCGCGCAGCAGACGCAGACCCCACGCUCCUGCGAGGAGAAUCCGUGGCUCAUGUCUGGAGCUCAUCCGUGAAGCAGCGAUGGAGCGUCGAGGAGGGAAACUCAGUGGCAAAGAGAAAGACAAUCCCGCUGCGCCUUCUUUGAGCCAAAAUGGCGCCACGGUGGAAGAGGAGGAUUGUCCGGACGGUCCCGAUGGAGAGAGACGGGUCAGGAGCGUGUCGUGGGCCGCGAAACCAGCCGAAGAGCAGCCGCGACUCAACUUCCACAUCCCCCGAAAGAGCAGAGAAAAGAGAGCUCUGUUUCAGUACGUGUCUACAGACUCCAGAGAGUUUUCAGACAUUCUGCAGAUCCUCUCCUCCAGCUACAAGGACUCUUCCUCCACCGGGACAUUUGUGUACUCCAAACCUUGCCUCGUCCACAGCGAGCCGCUGGAGAAAGACUUCAUGGAGAAGCGACGGGAGCUCAAGCAGGAUGGGCGCACAGAGAAAGAGCUGUCUGAGACUUUCUGCUUCCUGCUUUGUGAUGCUCCAAUGGUCUCGGUGGUGUGUGAGAGAGGACUGUCUGUUGGCAACAGCUGGAUGAGUAUGUUGGGGAAUCCAUCUAAAGGAGUUUACCUCUGUCAGUUUUCUGAUUUACUUCAAAUCGGCCCCAUCGAGCCUGGGUCUACAGGAAACAUCAUCAUAUUUAAAGUUAUUAAGGGUAAAGUGAAGAGUAUGCAUGACUGUAUGUCCAUAAGCAUGGAUCCUACACCUAAAUUUGACAGCCACUUCUCCAAGAACUCACCCAGAGUGACCUCCUUACAGUCGUACAGGGCAUUCGAGUACACUCAGCAAUACUUCUACGAGUAUGUGGAUUUCGACAUUUCUUCCAGGCCGAGACAUGUGUGUCCAUAUGCCGUGGUCUCUUUUUACUUUAAAGGCAAAGAGGCUUCAACUGGAGCCCUCAAACCGCUGCCUCCUCUCAGGUCCAACAGCCAGCCAUCAGGGACGAGCAAAGGGAGGCGCUGUUACACUGUAUGGCGGGGACAUUUUGUGAACGGGGGAAAAGACGUGUACCAGGCCAGCCUUCGCUCGCUCUCUCUACCAUUCCUGCCCUACAAACUGCCAGAGAAGAUUGAGAUCGGUAAAGUCAUGAGCCUGCAGCAGGUCAAGCAGAAGAUCCCGUCUGCACUCUUCUCCUGGAGCCUCUACAUGGGCAGCCAUGAAGUGUCUAAAAGUGGCAUGUUCUGCAGUCUGUUUGACGUGGUGGAGAAAGACAAAGCUUCUCCGAAGAGUUUGACCGUAUUGCUGCAGAAACUGGAGGAAGAGGGGCUGGUGCUGGUGAACAUGGUGAAGGACAGAGGUUUCCUCUUCUUGCUUUCUGCCAGUCAAAUGGCCAACUCGAGCGAGCGACAAGGUGGUUGGAAAAUGUCCUCAAUACAAGCACUUUUUAUUUACCAUGAGAAACGUGACUUGUUAAAGAGCUCAUCAAAUCCUUCUGAGACCUGCAGACCUGUGUCAUCAGAGCAUCACAGUCCCAUAAUGCCCCAGCAUGAUUCGUUCAUCUCCGCUCUUCACUACGCCCUCAGCAAGGCUCACGCUGACCCUCCUGCUGACCUCAGCACUGCCAUAGAGCAGCAGGUUUACGACUACCUCACUAACCUCCGUGAAGGCCAAUCUCUGCAGCGCAUUCGGACUGACUACGACCCCAAACUGGACGUCAGGGAAAAGCUCUUUCCAGCACCCAGGCAGAAGACAAACUGGGAGAUCUUCAUGCGGCCUUAUAUCUACAAACCGUCCGUGUUUACUAUGCUUCUGGAGAAUGUAAAGAAGAAGGUGGAGGAGCUCCGGAUUCAGACGGUUGUGAGCGCUCAGAAAACAGCUCCUCAUAAUGACCCAGUAAAAGUGAAAGAGCUGCUGAAGCUCAUCCAGCUGAACAAGAAGAGCUCGAAGGGAAAGGCAGAUCCAGAGGUGACAGAGGACACCUACACACUGAAGAGGAAGGUGGAUCUCCACGCCCAUGAAGCAAGAUCUAAACGCCAGAGAAAUAAUCCCAACCAAGAACUACGAGAAGCGGACGAGAGACAGUCUACUUCAUCUCUAGCAAAUGUUCUGAGCAGCGUCUGCCUUCAGGACACAGACCUGAGGAACGACAAAACUCAGGGAGCGCUGAAGAUCAUGGAGAUCCUGGACAGCUUUGGAAAGACUACUAUUGACACGGACCUGCGCAGAGACAAGACCCAGGGGGCACUUGAGGUCAUAAGGAUGAUAGACAACAUGACCAGAAGCGCCACAGAGUCACCUGAUGACACCGAGAUGAAGGACACAGAGAACAUUUCUGACACCAUUCUGUUGGACAGCAUGGUAAGACUCGGCCUUCCGACUGACUGCGACAUUGAUUUGAGGAAGAGAUUUGUGGAGGAUGAAUCCGAGAGGAGCGACUGUCUGGAGGAGGAGACCGCUGGUAGUUUGAGUAGUUUAGAAGCAUUUAGCCCUUGUUCAGAUUCUGGAGGACAGCAGCGUGGUGUCAAUCUGCUCGGGGAGAAGACCAUUCCAUGGGUGCUGAUCCCCAUCACAGGUCUGAAAACAGAGAGAUACUCCCAGAGACAGAUGGACUAUCCUGAAGAUCCACGCUUCGUUCAGAGCCCAACAGUGUCUACACACACCACACCUGACAUAAAGGAGCUGUCUCCUCUCUACCAGCCAGACAGCAGCAACACAGCGGUGGAUCUGGAUGUGCAGACAGCAGCAGAGGUGGACGAUGAAGACCCCGUCCCUCCUGCUGUCACCACAGAUCGUCCCACAGACGCAGCCACGUCCUGUAGCAGUUUUGACCACAUCGUUGACGAUCUCAUCUCGAGUUUCUCCAGGGAGGUGGAGCAGCUCUUGAGGGCCAAACAUAUUUAUUAUGUUUCUUGCUCCAGCGCUCAGGGCUCACGAGAUCCACUCCAUCCUCCAGCUGUGCCACUUUCCGAUUACGUGUCAGACUACAACACUUCGUUUCCUGUCAGUAACUACAUAAGCUCUUUCCAUGACAGCCUGAUGAUGUUCAUUGACCCUCAGCAUGUCAGUCGUUACUCCGGAGCUCAAGAUGAUGUGACGUCCUCCUCAUCUGCUACAGAUGUUCCUUCAUAUGUCCUUGAUACAUCCUCCUACUUUAAUCCAUGUGCUUCCUCGUCUACAACCUCUAAACCCAGCAGCACCUUUGAAUCAUCUGGGAGACCGUGUUCCCCUUCUAGAGCCCUACCUGAACCAAUGCCACAGCCACAUCAUCCCUCAGGUUUACCCGACCCUGAUAUCCACCAGCCACCACACCAGAUGGCAUUGGAGCAGGAUUCGCUGACCCAGAAGACACCGGUAAUGAGCAUCCCUCAUGAUCUUCACCAAGGCCUGCGUGAGAUGAAUGGCAGUCUGGUUUCUGAGACUACGGGAGCUGUGGAGGGUCAAAAGGAUGCCUCGAUGGGACACACUCAUUCUGCCAUCAGCAGCAUCAUCGAUCAGCUGCAGCCCGAGGUGAUCAGUAACCUGGUGGAGAUCAUCAAAGGAGUUCAGAAGAACACCGUCUACUUCUACAUCCAUUCCACAGAUGAGGAGGAGAGCGAUGUCUGCUGGGAGAUUAAGGAAUAUUUGGAAAAGUUGGGGGAUUUGGAGUGUAAUCCUCAUGGUUUCCUUGAAAAAAGCAGUAGUUCAGACAAACUGCUGGUCAUCAUUCAGAACAUGGACAUCACCGCACAGGUUCACAAGAUACCUUCUUUAGUUUCCUUGAAGAAGCAUCCGUCUGUGAGCUUUGCUGGCGUAGACAACCUGAGUGACAUCCAGAACCACACGUACAACGAGCUCUUUCAGUCCGGAGGCUUCAUCGUCUCAGAUGAGCAGGUCCUGAAUCCAGCGGUCAUCACUGCACAGAAACUUCAAGAUAUCCUUGAGUACAUUGAGCAGCUCAACUCUCCUCAGAGUCCCUGGAGGUGGAGGGUGCACUUCAAAUCACACAAGAAACUCCGAGAGCACAGCAGGCUCAAAACGGAUGCUUUGACCCUGUUCGAGAUUCUCAAUGAAUAUGAGAAGAGACACAUCGUUGAGAUCCUGUCGUACCACGACUGUGACACUCCAUCACGUCAAGCGCCUGACCUCGAUUGUCUAGUGGAUCUGCAAGCCAGAUUCAUCAAACAACGGCAUCUGAUAUUUCUGACAGGCUGCCAGUUUGAGAUGUUUCCCCACUACUCAAGCAGUGGCAUCAUCAUUGCCAAUGUUGACGAUAUAAAGUUUAUAAUAAGCAGUUUAGCUUGUGGAGGAAAUGUGGCCAGCUCUCCAUCGGCAGAGACUCACACCACUCCUGCUCCAGCAUCAUUGAGAGACGAUAGCAUGUCCUUGGACUCGGACCUGGAUUCAUCAGAUUACAGUGUCCCUGUCACAACCGAGACGAACCGUGUCAUUACAGACCAGCACACGUCUGCACUCGGGACUGAUCCGUGCCCUCUGGUCUCUGAACCCUCUCUCCAAGACCAAGUGAAUGCUAUUCCUGUGCUCACAACAAGCGAGACGACAAAGGAUUUAGACUUUGUAGCUCUCAGUGAAGCAAUUUCUCAGUUCAAGGCUUUCAAGAUGCUUUCAAAGUCUGACGCUGGUGAAACUCUACAAACGGCUUUUGGAGUUGAUCCUCACCAGAGCUUCCUCAGUCACAAUGAUCUGUCAGAUUCCUAUCCUCAGUACUCCUCGGAAAACCACAGUCUGUCAGCUACGCUACCUGAGGCUCCAGUCUCUAGUACGUCAGUCAAAACUGAAUCGGCGGCCAUCACAACAACUGGGGCUCCACUGAGCUGUUCUUCUGCAGUUGAAGCCAGUCGUGAAGUGGUCCAGUAUGGAGAAACAGGCACAUCUGCAGCUGCGCCGAUCACAGCAGCUGAGGGCACCAGCAAUAUAAUGACGGUUUCAAAAGCUUGGGAGCAAGCAAGCACAAGCUCCACAGACACCUGGUCAGGUUCGACGAAUGCAGAGAUUGGUCAAACGUCCAAUGAAAGUGGAGUUUCAGAGAAGCCUGCAGUGACCGCAGUGGACAAUGCUAAUUCCUCUGAACCAGCAGUCAAGGACAAAUGUGGGAGCAGUGGUUUCCUUCCCAGACCUGGCAGUUCUAGACAUGGCUUGGACCAUUUUUAUCCAGCGCUGCAGGGCAGUGGCCUCCUGCCGGCUCCGCAUGCUUCCCUGGCUCUGAGCAGCCCUAGAUUCAUAACUCACAAUGGUGCUAUUGGACUCGGACAUCCUCUUCUGAACUGCACCGUUUCCAACAACCUAGGAGUUGUGGGACCUCCGGUCUUGAGAGGAUUCUUCCCAAAUCCUAGCAUGCAGAUGUCGUGGAACACUUUAUUGCAAGGUUUGCCGUCGGGCCUUUGGGGUGCUCACUAUGGCAUGGAUGUGCAGCAGAUCCACGGGUCUCCAUUCAUCCAGACCUGGCCUGGAAAUCCUGCCUUCCAGGGGGACGGUCAUCGUCCCAGUAGAGGAGGAUUUGGUGGCUGGUGAACCGGCAAUGUGUAGAUAGUUUUCAAACUCAUGUUUACAACUCCGUCUCAGUUCAACUUUUGUAUAAUAGAAAAGAAAUGUAAAAUUUCUAGGUUUUCACUGAAAGUGAAGAAAAAAAAAAAAGUGAUUAUUUCAUAUUUUCCAGAGAACAUAAUAUUUUGAUUUUGCUUUUGCAUGUUGAUUGGACUGAUGUUUAUUUUCCCAAGGCCUUGGUUUUAAUAUUAUUUUUAUAAAGCCAAUAAUAUACAUUAAACAACUUUCAAACUA